AUGACUCAACUUGAGUUGCUCGCCCGCGCCUCGGCCCCCUUCAGCGCCCCCGAGUCCUGUGCCAAGGCCAACGGCUCUGUUCCUCGCCGUCACCUCAAUGCCAGCAGCUCCCUGCUGCGCCGCGCGUCGUCGGCCACCGCCACCUACGACACGAUCGAGUGCCAGGCACUGAUCCUCGGCUGCGGCGUGGCCGGCAAUGCUGCUGCGCUGCGCCUGGCCAACCAGGGCGUCAAAGUGACGAUGCUGGCCGCUGCCGAAGACCCCAACAACUGCGCGACGUAUUACGCCCAGGGCGGCAUCAUCUACAAGAGCGAGGACGACACCCCCGCCCUUCUGUCCUCCGACGUCCACCGUGCAGGCGCGGGCGUCUGCGAUGAUAUCGCUGUCCAAAAGCUUGCAGUCGAAGGCCCCGGACGCGUUGAGGAGCUGCUACUGGACGUCGCCAAGGUGCCAUUCACUCGCAAGGACGAUGGCGAGCUCGCGCUCACGCUGGAGGCGUCGCACAACCGUGCGCGCAUCCUGUACAAGGCGGACCACACGGGCCGCGCCAUCUCAACCAGCAUGGUUCAAGCGGUUCAGGACCACCCCAACAUUGUGUUGCUGACCGGUCGUAGCGCCUUCGAGCUGGUGACCAACGACGCCGGUGAAUGCGUUGGCGCCCUCACCGUGUCCACCAAGGGCAAGGUUGAGCACUACCGUGCUCUGUUCACGCUGCUGGCGACUGGCGGUGUGGGUGAUGUGUACAAGAACACCUCGAACCCCGAGGGUGCUCGCGGCGAGGGCAUCGCCCUUGCUGCCCGUGCCGGCGCCAAGCUCAAGAGCAUGCAGUACGUGCAGUUCCACCCGACCACGCUGUACAUCCCCGACGAGCGCCGCUUCCUGCUGACUGAGGCACUGCGUGGUGAAGGUGCCAUCCUGCGCAACAAGAGUGGGCGCGCUUUCGCCAAGGACUACCACCCCGACGGUGAGCUCGCCCCGCGCGACGUCGUGGCCCGCCUCAUCCUGGCCGAGAUGGAGAAGCAGGACGAGCCCUGCAUGUACCUGGACAUCUCGCACGAGGACGCGGACUGGAUCAAGAACCGCUUCCCGACUAUCUACAAGCACUGCCUCGACCGUGGCAUCGACAUGACCAAGGAGCCGAUGCCUGUGGUUCCCGCCGCUCACUAUCACUGUGGUGGUGUCGAGGUUGACCUCCAGGGUCGCACUACCGUUCCUGGUCUGUACGCCGCGGGCGAGGUGAGCUGCACCGGUCUCCACGGAGCCAACCGCUUAGCCUCGACCUCGCUACUUGAGGGACUCGUGUGGGGCUGCAGCUCGGCUGACGACUUUAUGGAGCGCAGUGAGAAGCUCAACUCGGAGAGCUCAAAGAAGGAGGACGAUCCGUUCGCCAACCUGAACGGCUUCCGCGACCCGUACCCGAACGAGAUUGAGGAGGUGAUGCUGGCGACCCAGCGCAUCAUGUGGGAGUCCGUUGGCCCGAUCCGCACGGCUGCCGGCAUGGACAGCGCCGUAGACAAGCUCGCGCUGCUGGAAGUCAAGGCCGACAAGCUGCACCAGGAGUGCCGUGUCACGCGCGAGACCGCUGGUCUGCGUAACGCUGUGCGCGCGGCCAAGGAGAUCGCUUUGGCUGCUCUCAACAGCCCGCUCUCUGUGGGCACGCACUACGUCGUAAAGGAGUAA